UCAUUGUGGGGAAAACAGAGGGUCAGAUUGCUUGCGAAUUGCUAAAUUUGUCGACAAACCGCUCAGGUGGACAUAUCUUGAUCGAAUAUAUUCAUCUGGGUAGAUAAAUUCGAGCUGAUUCAGUGUUUAUUACGGUAGAAUUGAGCAUUGAGCCUUGUGGCUACUCUAGUUUUCCGUCUUGAGUUUUGAUUGUUUUGUGGAGUUUGUGAAGUUCUGUUGUUAUUGGAGUAUCAGAUUUUGGUCAGAAGCGGUGAAUUUGGAAGGUUAUGGGGCAGUUUUUUUUUACCCGCAAAUGAGUACAGGGACAUGGUGCAUGGACAGGAACGUAGUUUCUUGUUUGUUCCUUUGUUGGAACAACAGCACUUGAAACUGGGAGAAGCAUUUUUGCCGGUGGAAGGAUCCCACUUUUCCAUAUCAAGGAUCACGUGCAAUGUCUCGCUGCUUUCCAUUUCCUCCUCCAGGAUAUGAAAAGAGAGCUAGAAUUGAUGAUACAGACCUACUAAAAAAGGAGAAGCAGAAGGAGAAAAGGAAUAAAAAGGUUAAGAAGGACAAAGAAAAGAGAGAAGGUAAAGAAAAGAAGGACAAAGAAAAGAGAGAAGGUAAAGAAAAGAAGGACAAAGAGAGAAGUAAGGAAAAACUUAGUGACAAGAAAGACCGUAAGGAAAAGAAGAAAGACAAGGACAGGGACAGGGAUAGGGAUAAAGAAAAAAACCGGACCUCAGAUGAGAAGAGAGUUGCAGGGCAGCCAGAUAGCUUUAAAGGAGAGAAGCUUGUUCCAAACAAUCUUCAGAAUGUUGAGGUUAAGGAUGCUAAAUUUGUGCAGGAGUUGGCCAGGAGAAUUAGGGAUGAAGAAAGAGCUACUAAAAGCCAAAUGGUUCAGAAGAUUACUGUUACGGGUCAAAGAGGAUCUGAAUUUCUGGGUACGGUGGUGGGGAGCAAUCUUGCCAAUUGUUCUGGAGAACAAAGGAAAAUUAAGGAUGCGAAAGAAGACGGUAGGCAGAUCAAUGGACAAACAAAUCACAUCAAUGCGAAAAGUUUGGAGAGUGCCAUUGGUGGGAACUUCUCUAUUAUGGAUCGCAGAAGAGUUGGACUUGCUUUGCCAGUGGAGAAGGAUGUUGAGAAGCCAAAGGAUGGUAAAGCGAAGAACAAGCACAAGGAAAGUGAUGGUAAGGGUGAUAAACCUAAGGAUAGUGAUCGAGAAAAGAAAAUCAAAUCAAAGGUUAAAGAUGAGGCUAAAGAAAAGAAAAAGGUGGAGAAAGCAAAGGAGAUAAGUGAACAGAGUAAACAACAGCCUAAAUUGCAAGAAAACGGCAGGGAGUCCCUUGACACUUGCAAUGCUAAGCAAUUUUACCGUUCAGGGAUGAGCAAUAACAGUACUUUUGGUGAGGGAAAUCUUGGAAAACGUAAGGAGCUUCACAAAAAUGGACCUCUACUUGACAAUGGACUUCGACCCCAUAAGUUGCUGAGACCUGUUUCAUCCUCUGAACCAGUCAUGGAAAAUGGAAGGAAAUUGGAACCUUGCCAAACUGAUAUUGCGUCAACAUCUGGGAGGCAGGGGGCUGCCGGUAAUGGUAUAGUGGACAUCAAGGAGCAUAGGCUUAAUGGUUUGGUGGGGCCUCAAAGACCCAAUGCAUGCUCAAUGAGGUCUUCAUCUACUAUCAUACCGGUCAAUGAAAAUGGUGAAGCAUCUGCAAAACCACCUUUGGUACGGCCUCAAAGACCGAAUGCAAAUGCAGCAAGGUCUUCAUCUACUACUUUACAAGUUAAUGAUAAUGGUGAAGCUUUUUCAAAACCACCACAUCCCGAUUCCAAAUACCUGAUUCAGAUACUUUCUAUACCAAAAGUGGAGGAGUUGUCUGAUAUUGACGACCAGGAAUGGCUGUUUAGCAGCAAUUGUCUGCAGUCAAAGAAGUCCAAGGCAGGUUCUCCUCGUGUUGAAGGGACACAACACGUGUGGGCGGAAGCUUUUCAGAUAGAGUCUGCUGAUGUUUAUGCCCUGCCAUAUGUCAUUCCCUACUAAUCAAUAUUGAUAUAUGGACUUACCCUUCUAUCAUUCCCUAGUGAAGCUGUUACACCAAGGGGCUUACCACAGAGGUAUUCCAGCAUCUGGGUCCUGAGCCUAUCAGUUUGUUGCUGUUUUGUUUUUUAUAUUUUCCUUCCCAUAUGGGUUCAUUAAGGACCCUUUUUUGUGGAUUUGUGCUUAUUUAUGAGAACCGCAUUCAGCAGAUUUCCUUUCUUUCCUUUUGAACUCCGUUUCGGUUGGUGCUCUGGAGAUGCAACAGUCUCUAAAUGAAAGGUGAAACAGCAUUUAGGAAAAGCAACCCUUCCAAAAUAAAGAAUCAAAUCUCAAGCAAUUGACUCAGAAAGACGUAGUUUGGUGCAGCUAUAGAACAGCACAAAGUGUAGGGGUGACGCUUCUGUCAUGGAGGAUCAUCCAUGAAUGCCAACAGCAGCUUGGAAGGUGUAGGAAGCUUUUAUCAAGUGAUUCAAGUCAGCUGAAAACUGAUCCAAGGCAACUUUCUCAUUAUACACUAAUGCCUUAAAAGAUGUAGAUGAACUUAAAAUUUUUUUGUCUUGUAUUCCUUUCUUAGAACAGAGGAUAUUCUCCCUUCCCCUCCUUGAAAUGUUAUGAUCAUGGUGGGAUUUAGUCUAGUAUGAGAUAGGUUCAAGGGUUUAACUCUGGCUUAACUUUUUUUGUUUUGAGUUUUUGGCAUAGUGGUUCAAGUA